UUUUUUAAGUAAAAUUCCUUUCAAUCCAUCACACAUCAACACCUCCCUCUCCACCUUAGAUGGAUCCUCCCUUGACUUUGCUGUAAAAACAAUGCCUUAUUUCAUUUUCUUUGAUUCCAAUUCCAAAACCUAAAUUUCUGUCUCUUUCCCAAACACCCUUUCAUCCUUACUUUCCCAACUUAUCUCUCUCUCUCUCUCUCUUCAAAUCACAAAAAUCAACACUCUAAACAAGAACCACAAAGAAAGGUGAGCAGAAUUAGAUCAAGUCUUGCAAUGAUUAACCUAUUUUCUUAAUAAAAUCAUUUCCUACCCAAAUUUAUUCAAUUAAAUUUCAGGGUUUUUCAUUUUCUUUGAUAUCUAAUCCAAAUUUAGCAACUUUUCUUUGUGGGUUUUUCAAUUUGAUCAAUUACAUACCUCAAUUCUCCUAUUUUUUUAGUGGGUUUCUUUUUUUUCUUUUUUUUUUUUGUCAAAAUUGGAAAAUAGGAUCUUUUUUCCAAUGAUUUCAGACCCAGAUCUUGUUCUUUACACUUGCAUAGCUCAUCAACAUUCAUCAGAAUCAUCAACGAUUCUUGCUGAGUUUAACUCAUCUGACUCGUCUCUCCAAGAAUUUGCCCAUCAAUGUCUAAAUCUUGUACCACCCCAUCACAUCAUUUUUACUCAAACUUUUCACAAUCGAAGUUACACCUUUUUAAUCAACAAUGGGUUUGUUUUUUUUGGGAUUUUUGAUUCCAAAUUAGCUAAAUCUGAUCAAAUUCGUUUCUUGGGUCGUUUAAAAGAAACUAUUGAUCAUUUAAUCAAAGGAAAAUCAAAAUUCAAGUUCUCAUCUUAUAGCCUUCAAGGUGAACUUCAUCCAAUUUUCCCCAAAUUAAUGUCAAAAAGUAUUGAUUUUGAUGAUUUACAUUUGAUUUCAAAUGGGGUAGAUCACAAUUCAAGCAAUAAUAACAAAAAGGGUUUGUCUUUAUCAAUGUUAUCUUCAUCAAAAAUUGGGAAAGGAUUGAAGAAAAAGAAGUUAUCUGGUGAUAGUUUGACUAACAGUAGAGAAGCAUUGGUUGAUGAUAAGGCUGAUUUUUUAUCACAUAAUGAUUAUGAUUAUGAUGAUAAUGAGAUUAAAAGUAGGGAAAUCAAUCAUCAAAAUGGUAAUUAUUUGAUGGAUGGUAUUGGUAGUAAUGUUGGAAGACAUAAAGCUAAGAAAAUAUGGAGAAGACAUGUUUGGAUUGUAUUGUUGAUGGAUUUAGCUGUUUGUUUGAUCUUAUUUGGGAUUUGGUUGUUUGUUUGCCAUGGUUUUCAAUGUGUUGAAAGAUAGUAUACCAUUGAUUUUGAUAAGGGUAUGGUCUGCUGUCUUUUAGCCCUUUCCACACCCUGAUCAUAGCUUAUACGAGCGAGAUAUACCGGGAAGAUGAUAAUGGUAGUAUACCAUCAAUCAAUUAGAUCUUCAUAAUGCGAAUUCGGGCAAAUUUUGAUGUCUUUUUGAAUUCAAGAUCACUAGUUGAUCUUGGGUUUUGUAUGGGUUUGCAUUUGAUGAUCUUGUGUUGUGAUCAACAAGAGGAUGAAUUCAUGUUUUUGAGCUUUUAAGAUCUUUAACUAUGGUGUUUUGGGUUAAAUCAUGCUAGUAACCCCUUAAUUUCCAAUAGUUAAGAUUACUUGGCUUUUGUUACACAUCCUUUUGAUUGAUUCCUUUCCUUGUACUCAUUCUUUGAAAUUGUGUAUAAGACAUACUUGUGCAGGCUGUUUUAAUGAAUAUCAUUUUUUUUGAUCUUUCAAUAGAAGUAUGUCUUUCAGUGUUAUGUUCAUGAAUUAAUGGAAAAUUUGUUUGGAUUUUUUUGUUGAGCAA